UACUAAAAUUCGACUGUACGUUUUCUCCACCGAAAAACAAAAAAAGAAAAAAUCGAACAUCCAAAAAUCUAUCAUCAUCAGUUUAUAUCCCGGACAGGCUAACAAACAUAAAACUACGACACAUGAACGCCUCCGCAAUCAGAUCAGAUCAGGUCUCUCUAUCUUUCUCCCUGUCGUUACAUUUUCGAGAUCUUAUUUAAAAGGAUCUCUUCCCUCGUCUGAUCAAGAUCCUUGAACCACCUAUUGCCAUUUCAGUAAUCCGAGUGUUUUCGUUUGGAUUUUAUUUGUGGCCUCAGAGAUUAUUGAAUUACGGUUUUUUGUUUUUUUGGAUGAUUUGAAGGUGGAAUUGUUUAUUUCUUUUGGAUUGAUGAGUUAAUAUGACUCUUAGUUAGAGUAAGACAGGAGAUGGUAGACAGUAAUCUGGAGGUGGAAAAGGAUGAUGCAAUUGAGCUUCAAGAUAUUCAAAAAGAAAGUGACAGACCGGUUCUUCGAAGGGAACCAUCUUUCUCACGCUGGUUUGACGAGGACGGCAUCAUUCAUUUCCAUCGUCCUUCGGAGCAUGCUGAUGAAACUGUAGAAGACUCUGAUUUUGAGUUGCCGUUUCUUCAAACUGAAGGACAAGAGAGCAAAUUAUUGAGUAAGGACAGACUGUCUAAUCCGAGAAACAUGCACCUGAAUGGGAAUCACACCAUGCCCAUGGUUAGGACUCAUAAUCAUGUGGAUGAAAAUACAAAUGGACUGAACUAUGUGCCAUUUGACAUUGAAAAUGAGUCUAUUCGAGAAUUGCCUGUUUCAGAUUUUGAUGCCCAUGACUCCAGUUCAAGAGGAAGCUAUAAAACGACACUGGAUACACAGAAUUCUCUUGAUAUGGCCAUUGUGCUCAAGACAUUGUUUUUCAUACUCGUAUGGUACACUUUCAGUACAUGUUUGACAAUUUAUAACAAAACAUUAUUAGGAGAAAAGUUGGGUAAAUUCCCGGCUCCCAUGUUGAUGAAUACUAUCCACUUUGGGAUGCAAGCUGUUCUAUCGAAUUUUAUUACAUGGUUUUGGUCUAACAGAUUUCAACCCACAGUAACAAUGUCAUGGAAGGAUUACUUCAUGAGAGUUGUUCCCACGGCUCUUGGAACUGCACUGGACAUAAACCUGAGCAAUGCCUCUCUUGUGUUCAUCUCUGUCACAUUUGCGACCAUGUGUAAAUCAGCAUCUCCUAUAUUUCUACUUCUAUUUGCUUUUGCAUUCAAGUUGGAGUCUCCAAGUGUUAAACUUCUUGGCAUCAUAUCAGUCAUCUCUGUUGGAAUUUUGUUAACAGUUGCAAAGGAAACAGAGUUUCAAUUUUGGGGAUUCGUAUUUGUUAUGCUUGCUGCUGUCAUGUCUGGGUUUCGCUGGUCCAUGACUCAGAUUCUUUUGCAGAAAGAAACUUAUGGUCUAAAGAACCCACUUACUCUGAUGAGCUAUGUUACUCCAGUUAUGGCUGUGGCAACUGCUAUACUCUCUCUUGCUAUGGAUCCAUGGGAUGAAUUCAGAAAGAAUAUUUACUUUGAUAGUUCAUGGCAUGUCUUUCGAAGUGCAUUGUUGAUGUUUCUUGGCGGAACGCUAGCCUUCUUUAUGGUUUUAACAGAAUACAUUCUUGUCUCAGCAACCAGUGCAGUAACCGUAACAAUUGCAGGAGUCGUCAAGGAAGUUGUCACUAUUUUGGUUGCGGUGUUUUACUUCCAUGACAAAUUUACCUGGUUGAAGGGAGUUGGGCUCUUCAUAAUAAUCUUUGGUGUCAGUUUAUUCAACUGGUACAAAUAUCAAAAGCAUCAAGAAUGCCAAACUAGUGUAAUUGAUGAAUCUGGGUUAUCACCCAAAAAUGUAGCUGCGAAGUAUGUUAUCCUUGAGGAGAUGGAGGAUCACCAUGUCGAUACUUGAGAAUUUUAGUUGUCUUUUUGACAUGAAAAUGAGGAUAUAGAAGGGAGAUGGAGGCUAUACAACUCCUUCAAUUUUCAAAGGCUAGAUUAAACUGAUACCUUUUUGGUUUCGAUGAGCUAUAUUCUGAAUAAUUUACUGACUUAGAAUAUGUGUAUUCCAUUUUUUAUAGUAUGAUAUCUUCAAUUCAUUGAAACAUAAAUGAUGUACAGGUAACAGCAGCAAGCUGUAAUAGAUUGUACCAAUUUGUGUUAUUCAGUUAUGGUUCUGAACGCUGCCAUGACACAUUGAUGAGUUCUUUGAACAUACAAAACUUCGUCCAACUUUUGCAUGUUAUGUUAGAUUGGCUUUCCUAAUAAUGUUCGCAACUUUGUUGCCUUUAUUAGUCCCACUAGAGGAAAC